GCCAGUCGCUCCGGAGUUCCUCCAAUGCCUGAACUCCUCCCCCUUUUUCCAAACACACACACACACACACAGUCAUACACGCUCGCUCGCGCUGAUCCGCGGCGGGACCGUACCCGUACCCGUACUCGGGCUGAGCGCCUCCUCGCGCCAUGGGCUUCGAGCUGGACCGCUUCACGGGCUCCGUGGACCCGGACCUGAAGUGCAACCUGUGCCAGAAGGUUCUGGAGGAGCCGCUGACCACGCCGUGCGGACACGUCUUCUGCGCGCGCUGCGUGCUGCCCUGGGUGGCGCAGCGGAGCAGCUGCCCCGCGCGCUGCCGCCGCCGCGUCUCCGCCGCCGAGCUCCACCACGUGCCGCCGCUCAAGAGCCUCGUGCUGAAGCUGGCCACACGCUGCGAGCACAGCGCGCGCGGCUGCGGCGCCGUGGUGCCCCUGCAGCGGCUGGCCGAGCACGCGGAGGGCUGCGAGUACGCGCCGGUCCCGUGCCGCCAUCGCGGCUGCGGCCAGGUGCUGAACGCGCGCGACCUGGAGGCGCACAUGCGCGAGCAGUGUGAGCACCGGCCGGCGGGCGCGUGCGAACGCGAGCGCGGCUGCGGCCUGGUGCUGACGCAGCGCGAGCGAGCGCCGGGAGUCCACUGCUGCGUGCAGGCGCUGAAGGCGCACGGGGGCGCGCUGCAGGCCCGCGCGGACGGGCUGGGGAAGGAGCUGAAGCGGCAGGCGCUGCGGGCCGGGAAGCGCGAGAAAGCGCUGGUCGCGCGCCUCGCCGCCGCGCACAGCGAGCUGCAGGUCACCGCGCUGCGCUACCAGAAGAAGUUCACCGAGUACAGCGCGCGCAUCGAGUCCCUCAGCAGCUCCCGCGCGGCCCCGUGCAAGGGUGGUGAGAAUAAAAGUGUGAGCGUUGUUCUCUACAGGGAGUCUGGAUCAUUGGGCUUUAAUAUUGUUGGGGGAAGACCAUCUACGGAUAAUGAAGAUGGAACCUCGAAUGAAGGCAUCUUUGUAUCAAAGAUCAUAGAGAACGGACCAACGGAUAAAGAAGGAGGUCUUCAGAUUCACGACAGGAUAAUGGAGGUGAACGGUAAAGACCUGUCGAAGGCGACUCAUGAGCAGGCGGUGGAGGCGUUCCGCACCGCUAAAGAACCCAUCAUGGUGCAGGUUCUCCGCCGGGUUCCCCGACCCAAACCGGCGCCGGACGGAGAGACGCAGGUGGUGGAUAUCAGCACUCAGACAGACAUCACCUUCCAGCACAUCAUGGCCCUCAGCAAACUGCCCGCCUCCACCCCCCCGCCACUCGAGCCCUACCUGCUACCUGAGGGACACUCUCCUGCACACGAGUACUUCGACCCCAAUGAUUUUCUGGAUGGAAUGCAGCAGGAUAUGGAGAGAGAGGAGCUGGAGUAUGAGGAGGUGGAUUUAUACAGAACCAACAUCCAGGAUAAACUGGGUUUAACUGUUUGCUACAGAACCGACGAUGAGGAUGAAACUGGAAUCUACGUCAGUGAGAUUGACCCGAACAGCAUUGCUGCGAGAGACGGGAGAAUCAGAGAGGGCGACAGAAUCAUCCAGAUUAACGGUAUAGAGGUGCAGAACCGGGAGGAGGCGGUGGCUCUGCUUACGAGUGAGGAGAACCAGAACGUUUGCCUGUUGGUGGCUCGGCCAGAGAUACAGCUGGACGAGGGCUGGAUGGACGAUGACAGAAACGAUUUCCUGGAUGAUCUGCACAUGGACAUGCUGGAGGAACAGCAUCAUCAAGCCAUGCAGUUCACCGCCAGCAUGCUGGAACAGAAGAAACAUGAUGAAGACGGCGGUACGACGGAUACGGCCACCCUUCUGUCGCAGCGUCACGAGAAGGACAGUGGCUUGGGACGCACCGACGAAAGCACCCGCAACGACGAGAGCUCAGAGCAGGAGAACCUCUGCGACGACCAGACCAGUGCCUCCACCACCCUGGGGAGCCGGCGACGCCUAGCGUACAGCCAGGACACGCUGGGCAGCAGCGACCUUCCCUUCAGCAGCGAGUCCUUCAUCUCGGCCGACUACCCAGACGCCGACUUCCUUGGCGACUUCCCGGCUGACGAAUGCGAGCGCUUCCGUGAGCUGCUGGAGCUCAAAUGCCAGGUGAGGAGCAGUGCCGGCGGAUCACACCAGGGCUUAAGUUGGCCCAGCAUGGGCGUAGUCGGCGGGCAGGAGCUUGAAGGCGCCGGAGAGGAAGGAGUGGACAAGGAGCUUGAGCUCCUCAACGAAGAGUUGCGCAGCAUCGAGCUGGAGUGCCUGAGCAUCGUACGGGCGCAUCGCAUGCAGCAGCCAUGGAUGUUGCACAACAGCGGCUUCCGAAACUACAACACCAGCGUUGACGCGUCGAGGCGCCACGAGUUGGCCGACAUCAGCGAGCUUCCUGAGAAGUCGGACAAGGACAGUUCCAGCGCCUACAACACUGGCGAGAGCUGCCGGAGCACUCCGCUGACUCUCGAGCUCUCGCCUGACAACUCCUUGCGCCGGGUUGGUGAAGGACCUGCAGACGUUGGAGGUGCUGCAUUAGCUUCCAGCAGCAGAAUCCAGAAGCCCAUGCUGUCACCUGUUCAAGAGGUGUCCUCCAGAAACCGUCCAUCACCAACCGAAGAGACCGAACCUGGACCCCAACCUGAGACGAAGGAACGCAAUGCCCAUCCGCGGUCGGUCUACAAACACGCCCACAUCCCAGCACACGCCCGUCACUACCAGAGCUACAUGCAGCUGAUCCAGCAGAAGUCGGCCGUGGAGUACGGCCAGAGCCAGAUGAGCCUGGCGAGCAUGUGUCGAGACGCAGCUCAAGACCUCGAACCCAAGAUGGAGUGGAAGGUGAAGAUCCGCAGUGACGGUACUCGCUACAUCACCAAGCGCCCGGUACGCGACCGGCUCCUGAGGGAGCGUGCCCUACGCAUCCGCGAGGAACGUAGCGGUGGUAUGACCACCGACGACGACGCCGUCAGCGAAUUAAAGAUGGGACGCUACUGGAGCAAAGAGGAACGCAAGCAGCACGCAGUCCGCGCCAAGGAGCAACGCCAGCGCCGCGAGUUCAUGAAGCAGAGCCGCAUGGACUGUCUACGGGAGCAGCAGGUCGCCGAGGAGAAGAAGGAGCUGAACAUCAUCGAACUGAGUCACAAGAAGAUGAUGAAGAAGCGCAACAAGAAAAUCUUCGACAACUGGAUGACCAUCCAGGAACUGCUGACUCAUGGAACGAAGUCGCCAGACGGCACGCGGGUCUACAACUCGCUGCUGUCCGUCACCACUGUGUGAACCUGGCGCCCUCUGCUGUACAUAGGACACUACUGAUUGGGGUGUUGUAUCCUGCCUCGUUCAAUGUGGCAACGUUUGUAAAUACGGAUACAGGUAUAGAAUAUCGGAUAUAGGAACGCCCUUUCUGAAGGAACUUUUUAUUUGAUUUUAUUUGUCGCUCUUGACUUGACUGGCGUUGGAUAGGUGAGAGGUGGUCCAUUGGUAUUUUGGUAAUUUGGUAUUUUGCGUUGAGGAGGGUCUCAAAGAAGGACUAGGAAAGUGUUUUACCACAAACGACAAACAAUUCAAAGGAUUUUUCAUACGCCCUCUAAAACUUUCUCAAACUUUCUACUUUGUGCUUGCUUUUUUUUGAGUCAUAUGUUAUAAAGGAACUUAACUAUUUUAAAGAUGAAAAAAAUAAAAAACAGUGCAAAGUCCACGUGCCAUACGUACGCAACCGCCAACAUUUACUUUUACCUUUUGGUUUGUUCGUUUGUUUGUUCAUAUUUAUCAGUAUUUUAACUAUCAUGAAUACAUCAUGCUUAUUGAAAGUGAUAAUAAUACAAAGUAUUGAGAGUAUUUACCUUCAAGGUCAAGACGAAGUACUGUGGGACGACAAUUUUACAAUUUUAUGUUUUAAAACAACAUUGCAUUACAACAUUGUUUUACAGGUUUUCAAGAAAGGGUGCUGUUUUUUACAAUUUAUUACAAACGACUCUUUAUUACAAGUUUAUUUCUUUAUUACAGCUGUUCAUUAGGUCAAUGCAUCAUCAAUACUGCAUCAUCUCAUCCGCAUCAAUUCGUCCUCAGUUUGUUGAACUGUACAUUGGUUUGUGGUGUUGUUAAAAGGUACAUUUCUGUAUUUUAUUUUUUCUUUUCUUUUCUUUUUGUUUUAACAGCAAAAAAUGACGACCUUGGCACUGUUCGGCUGAAAUACUCAGUUUAGAGAAAUGAUGCUCUUCUCAGAUUCAUUGAAAAGAACCUGAAGAAACAGAAAAUCACAGUGUUGGGCUUUGAAUCCCAGUAGUUAAAAAGCCUUGUUUUGUACCUUUUGUAUAGAUGUUCAUGUAUCAAUGCAAAAUAACACAGCCUAACAAAUCCUUAAUUAGCAACACAAUUUGAUGUCUUGUAAAAUGAGAGAAAUAAUAAAUUAUUGUUUUAUAUUUGACAA